AUGCCUCGCCGCAAAAGAACACCCGAGAGAUCAUCUUACCCUGAAUAUUCUGAAAGUUCUGCAUCAAAGAAAACAACAGCAGAGCAAUUCGAUCCUAUUGAUGGCCUAUUUGAUACAUACGCAAAUAACCAAUCGGGAAUGAUUGAGUCAGAAGGGAUUGGAGCUCUUUGUGAAGAUUUGCAGGUGGAUCGUGCAGAUGUUAGAAUAUUGAUUCUUGCUUGGAAAAUGAAAGCUGAAAAGCAGGGUGUUUUUACUAAGGAUGAGUGGCGAAGAGGCCUUAAAGGCUUAGGGGUUGACACAAUCGCGAAAUUAAGAAAAGAAAUUGAUUUACUGGAGAAAGAGGUUGUGGCACCAGAGUUCUUUGAGGAUUUUUAUUCCUAUGCAUUUGAAUACAACAUGAAGGAAGAUCAGCAAGUAGAUAUUGAAUCUGUUUGUGAGCUGUUAAAUGUUGUUCUGAGACCCGCAUUCCCUACUCAGGUCAAUUUAUUAAUUGAGUAUCUAAAGGUCCAGAGUGACUACGGCGCUUUAAACAAACAUCAUUGGACCAGUUUCUUUCCUUUCUUUAAACAGGUUAGAAUUCCAAAUCUUCAAAAUUAUGAUGACUCCAUUGAAGCAUGGCCAGAGAUCAUCGAAAAUUUUGUUGAAUGGUUUAAAGAGAAAGAAAAAAAUGUUUAG